UGUCUUGUGGGCAGGAAGUGUGAGGUACCAAGCAGCUCAGGAACUCCGGGGAGGUGGCGGGGAGCAGGAGGGGGUGUGUGUUGUGGUGAGGAGGAGCGGAAGUCGGAAGCUCCAGCUGCCACAGCCACGCUCACUGGGCAGGCCGACUGUGCAGCCAGGAAGUGCUCCCGGGAGCUCAGGCCAAGUCAUCCUUUCUUGGGUCCUUUGGAGGGUAGACAUGGAUUCCCAGUUACCCCAGCGGCCAGUACUCCCCCUAGUCCACACAGUGAGACUGUGAAAGCAGAUACUCCUGGGGGCUCCUGCGCAGCGUUUGUGGAUAAUGGGUGACUACGGACUCUCUGACCACCCCCAGCCCAUGGAAAUUCUCAACCUCUACCUGGGAGACAACCUGCAGCCCCACCCAAGAGAGUGCCCAAGGGAAACGUGCGGCCAUCAGGACCUGCCAGAGCCUUGCGGGGAGCAAACCUGGGCCACUGAGCCUCCUGAAUCUACCAGACAAGAUGCUCCUCCCUGGGGCUCCGAUGUGGAGCUCACACACCUGGGGAGCUGCUCUGCCCAGGGGGAGCAGAGGCAGAGCACAGCAUCACCAGGCUCACCUGGGAACAGCCAUCUACUGGGGAGCCCACAGCAGAACCGGAGCACGUCCACGCAGGUGGUGUUCUGGGCAGGCAUCCUACAGGCCCAGAUGUGUGUCCUAGACCUGGAGGAGGAGCUGGAGAAGACUGAAGGGCUCAAGGCAGGGCUGAGAUGCUGUCUCCCCUCACCCCCUGUGGACCUCCCCGGGGACAUGGGCCUGCACUCCAGCCCACCUGAGGAGGAGGACUCCGGGGAAGACAGCAGUGAGCCUGACGGGGAAGGUCAGGCAUGGCUGAGAGAGGGAAUCCCAGAGUCUUCCCCACAGUGGGAAGCUGAGGAGGAGAGCAUGUUCUUCAGCAACCCCCUCUUCCUGGAGAGUCCUUGCUCAGAAAACAGUGCUUCUGGGGAGUGCUUUUCCUGGGGGGCCUCAGACUGCCAUGCAGGUGUGAGGACGGGACCUGAGAGUCCAGCCACCCUGGAGCCUCCCCUCCCAGGAGACACGGUGCUGUGGGAGCUGGGAAGUGAGCCGGAUUUGGGAGACGGCACUGCUACCAGUGGGCAUCGUACCCCUCCGUUCCCUAUGCCCGUCUAUAAAUCACACUCCAACUGCUGGGCCUCAGUGGCUGCUGCUGAGGGGGCUCCUGCAGCACCUCCUGCUCAGGGGGAGAGUGAGACUUCUCAGGGAGAUCAGCUUGGCCCUGCUCCAUCUGCAGCACCGUGUGUGGACGAAGCAUUGACCUGGGAAUCAGGAUGCGUCGGAUCUGAUCUUGGCCCUGCUGCACGCCCUGUGCAACCUUGGCAGGCCCUGCCCAGCCCUGAGGGCUGGCAGCAAGCAGGUCCUUUUUGGCCCCAGGUGCCUCUUAACUCCCAGGACAGAGGUGACGGGGAGGCUGGGCACCCACAGGAAUCUGGCCCCUGCGCCUUGGCUCACAGCCCUUCAAGGAGCCCAGCUUCUUCUCCAGAACGUAGCAGCCCAGAAUCUGAGAGCAGAGGCCCUGGCCCCAGGCCCAGCCCUGCAUCAUCCCGGGAGGGCAGCCCGAAGCUUCAGCACCACAGCUCAGGGAUUUUGCCCAAGUGGACACUAGAGGCUUCACACUCUUCACUCUUGGAGACGGUUGGGGAAGAGCCAAGUUUCUUGAAGAAAGAGGAGGCAGGGGAGGCCCCAAACCCAGGCGAGGAAGUAAAGAGUGAAGGAACAGUCCGGCUUGCAGAGACUGGAAACGUCCAGCCCGACAUUCACCUGACUUCUGCAGAACAGCUUCCUGCGAGCCCUAUGCCCCAAGCACAGUACCCAGAAGGCCAGAGGCUGCCAGCUGGAGACAAGCUGUCUAAUGGCAUCAGGAACCAGGAGGUAGCCUGGAACUUGGCCUCCCGCCUCUAUCGCCUGGAGGGCUUCCGAAAGUCUGAAGUGGCUGCCUACCUGCAGAAGAACAAUGACUUUAGCAGGGCUGUGGCUGAGGAGUACCUGUCCUUCUUCCAGUUUGGAGGCCAGAGCCUGGACCGAGCCCUCCGGGGCUUCCUCCAGGCCUUGGUGCUCAGUGGGGAGACUCAGGAACGGGAGCGAAUCCUCUACCAGUUCUCCAGACGCUUCCACCACUGCAAUCCGGGGGUCUUCCCCUCAGUAGAUUCUGUACACACCUUGACAUGUGCAAUCAUGCUCCUUAACACGGACCUGCAUGGACAGAACAUUGGGAAGAGCAUGAGCUGCCAGGAAUUCAUAACCAACCUGAAUGGCCUGAGGGAUGGCGGGAACUUCCCCAAGCAGCUGCUGAAGGCCCUCUACUGGUCUGUCCGCAGCGAGAAGCUCGAGUGGGCCGUGGAUGAAGAAGAUGCAGCCAAACCUGAGAAGGCCCGGCUGUCCCUGCCAACUGGCAAGAUGAGCAACCCCUUCCUUCAGCUGGCUCAGGAUCCCACGGUGCCCACCUACAAGCAGGGCAUCCUGGCUCGGAAGAUGCAUCAAGAUGCAGAUGGCAAGAAGACGCCAUGGGGCAAGCGUGGCUGGAAGAUGUUCCACACCUUACUGCGGGGGAUGGUUCUCUACUUCCUGAAGGGAGAAGACCACUGCCUGGAGGGGGAGAGCUUGGUGGGGCAGAUGGUGGACGAGCCCGUGGGGGUGCAUCACUCGCUGGCUACCCCCGCCACCCAUUAUACCAAAAAGCCUCACGUCUUCCAGCUGCGCACGGCUGACUGGCGCCUCUAUCUCUUCCAGGCACCCACUGCCAAGGAGAUGAGCUCCUGGAUCGCGCGCAUCAACCUGGCUGCGGCCACGCACUCCGCACCGCCUUUCCCCGCCGCCGUGGGCUCGCAGCGCAGAUUCGUGCGGCCCAUCCUGCCAGUGGGCCCCGCCCAGAGCUCCCUGGAGGAGCAGCAUCGAUCCCAUGAGAACUGCCUGGACGCUGCCUCGGACGACCUGCUGGAUCUGCAGAGGAACUUACCGGAGCGGCGGGGCCGCAGCCGCGAGCUGGAGGAGUACCGCCUGCGGAAGGAGUACCUGGAGUACGAGAAAACCCGCUACGAGACCUAUGUGCAGCUGCUGGUGGCCCGUCUGCACUGCCCCUCUGAUGCCCUGGACCUGUGGGAGGAACAGCUGGGGAGGGAAGCUGGAGGCACUCGGGAGCCCAAGUUCAGCCUGAAGAAGUCCCACUCGAGCCCGUCCCUGCACCAGGAUGAGGCUCCCACCACGGCCAAGGUGAAGCGCAACAUCUCAGAGCGCAGAACCUACCGGAAGAUCAUCCCCAAACGGAACCGCAAUCAGCUUUGAAGACAGCGCCACCUCAGAGACACUGGCUCCUGCUCCAGGGUAGACCUGAGAUAAACCUCCCUGGAAGAGACUUAUUUCAAUAAGUCCACCAUGACAGAUGAGGCACCUCCUUUUCCUGAUGAAGGACAAACCUUGUUUCCCUGUGGCCCUCAUUCCCAUGCUCACUGAAGCUUCCCUAAGAGUGCUGUGCUCUCCCCAACCCCAUGGCAGUCCCUCCAAAGCCCCAGUCCCUGACCACUCCCAAGGGAAAAGGCAGGUUGAGGACUUGACUUUACUCCCAGAGUUCAUCCCACAUCACCUUCCAAGCCCCAGAAUCCAGAGUGGCCUCAUUUCCUAGACCUGCUGGGUCUUCAGCACUAGUUUGAGAACCAGUGCAUAUAUGGUGUGGCUCUGGCUUCUGGGGGAGAGCUUGGGGCAGCAGAGGCUUCUGGGCAGCCCAGCCAGGGGAGCCACAGCUCUGAGGAUGGUCUUGCUCUGGGAAUUAGGUGACCUUCCAGGGGAGGCCGCAGGAGAGUGAAUCAGGGACUCUUGAGAGAUUCCUAACUUGCCUCCUGUGACCCAGGGAGCAGGGUCACUAAGCUCCUGCCCAUUGAGGGGAUGGCCUUCUGGGCAGGGAUGUCGGCAGGCUUCAAGGGCACCAUGUGGCCGUGAGGCCCCAUGUCUUUGUCUCCUUGUGUCUCCUUUUUUUCCUGUCAUCUUCCUUUCCUUUGAGGCAGAUGAAAGAGCCUCACACACCCAACUGCUAAUCAACAGAGCGAGCUGAUGGCAUGAGUGAGGGCUGGGAGAGGUGGGGCCUCCAGAGCUCUGCAAAGAACCCUAGAAACAAGGAGCCUUUGUUCCAACAGAGCAGGGAAGGAGGCUCUCUAGGUUCAGACCACUGGAGAGGGUAGAGAGGUAAAGGGUGGUGACAGUUUCCCUUGGGGUCUGCCUGGCAGGAGCCACAACUUAGGAGAGUUGUGAGGGAUGGGACCGAGGCAGGAGACCAGGUGAGGCCUAGGCCAGGCACUAGAGGUUCUUCUGUGCUCCUUCCUACACAUGCCUUAAAGUUUCCUUCCUGUGGGUUGCCUGGACCCCUUCCCCAUCUCUGGCAGCUCAGAGGGGCUCUGCUGCUCUCCCCUGGGAAAUCCCCUUGUCUUGCCCUCUGGCUGCCUCCCAGCUUGGCCUGUUCUCUGAGGAAGGUUCCGGAGAUUCAUGGACUUGGGCUCUGCCUGUAGGAAGGAGGCUGGGCCGGAGGGAGCAGCCACCAUUGUCUCUGUUCAGCCAAGUGUGCAAGUAGGCUACCCGCCAAGAGGGGGCCUCUGCUACCCGCUGCUGCCUGCCGGCUGACGCACUGCCUCCCCAGCCUUCCUGCUGGGCCACUCUCCUCCCUUCCCAUGCUUGUAACCAGCUCUGGGGCCUGGACCUCCACAGUUAAGGCUGGCCCUUGGAGGACGUGUCUGGGGCUGGGCCAUGCACCCAAUGGGUGCACAAUAAAUACAGGUCAACAGAGACAAAGUUGUGUCAGUGUGUGAGGAAGGAAGGUCAGGCAGCUGGGACCACCCACAGUGUGGCAAGCUUCAUCCCUCUGCCCCAAGUGUGUAUGUGUGUCUGUGCAUGUGUGUAGUGUCUGUGUCUGUGUGUUCAUGCAUAUGCAGGAGUCACACGGUCAUAGGCCGUCAAAGCUGGAGGAGACCUCAGAAUCAUUCAUUCGCCUACUUGCUCAUUUAUUCAUUCAUUCAUUUCGCAAAUAAUAUGGGACACUUUCUACGGGCCAGUACUAGGGGAUUUACAGAUAAAUUAAAUGUCCCUGACUCCAUGA